UCAGAUUGCCAAAAAAUGCACAACUGUUAAAAUUUCUUCCAAGAAUUGAACACUCAAUGUAUUUUCAAAAAUUACUAUAAUAUUUUUAUAAUUCAGUCAUCAGAAAAAUAAUUUCCAUUUCAUAUCUAGUGUGUAGUAAAAUAACACAAUCGGACGCCUGUUAAUAUUUUCCGUAAGUCAGUAUGAAUCAGUGAUGCGAACAGAACGGACGGUGUUUUUGUGUGAGCGUGAUGUCUCCGGCUCUUUUAGCGGUUAUUGCUGUGAUUUUGUGCAUUUUAUUUAGAAUUUUAAAUGUAAAUACACAACCGGGAACGCCUAAAAUAUGGUGCAAAGAUGAGACGUUUCUUGAGGCCAUUUACAAAAUUGCUCCGCUUUUACGAGAGCCUUAUGUGCCUCCUAGACUCUGGGGAUUCAGCGGGCACGUGCAGACGAUCGUGCACAGCAUAGUGGGCCGCGUCAAGUGCCCACUGCCACUCGGAGAGAGGGUGUACCUGUCACUGGCUGAUGGGUCGACGCUCACUUACGAUCUAUACAAAGCUCUUAAUCCGGAUAAACAUGAAGAUGAGGUAACUCUGGCAGUGUGCCCUGGCAUAGGUAACUCUUCGGAGUCGGUCUACAUUCGCACAUUUGUCCAUUACGCACAAUAUUACGGAUACAGAUGUGCCGUACUUAAUCAUAUUGGUGCCUUAUCUGGAGUGCCUGUCACUAGCUCUAGAAUUUUCAGUUAUGGUCAUACCGAUGAUUAUAAUGAAAUGAUUCGACAUCUGCAAUCACAGUUUCCUCGUUCUAAGAUAGUUUGUGUGGGCUACAGUUUAGGAGGCAAUAUCAUCACCAAAUAUCUUGGUGAAAAGACAAAAAUUAAAAAUGGUAAUAUAAUUGGAGGAAUUUCAAUAUGCCAAGGAUACAACGCCAUUGAGGGUACGAAAUGGCUACUGAAUUGGCAAAAUUUCCGUCGUUUCUACUUGUAUGUUUUAACAGAAAGUGUAAAGACAAUAAUUUUGAAACACAGACAUAUUCUCCUGUCCGAUGAAAUGAAAUUAAAAUGCCAAUUGAAUGAGAGAGAUAUAGCAUCGGCAGCCACUUUGCCGGAAUUGGAUGACGCCUAUACGAGAAAAGUUCACAAGUUUCCAUCUGUAAACGCUUUGUACAAAUGGAGUUCCUGCAUAAACUACAUCCAGGACAUUGAAACUCCAAUGGUGUUCAUAAAUGCUAAAGAUGAUCCUCUACUCCAUGAUACGCUUCUAGACCCUAUAAGAAAAAUUGCUGGUUCUUCUAGAAGAAUGAUCUACGUAGAACUUUCUCAUGGAGGUCAUCUAGGAUUCUUUGAAGGGGGUCUCAUAUACCCCAAUCCCGUUACCUGGAUAGAUAGAGCAGUGAUAAGCUUGGUUGGAGGUCUCCUGCUUGCACAUAAUGAAAGAGCUAUUAAGCCAAUUUAGAUUUAUAAUUAUUAUUUAUAAAAAUUUAUGAAAUAUUUUUUUGUUAUAAAUUGUGGAUUUAUUUUUUUAUUUGUGCUGUCUUUUGCAUCUUGUGCUCAGUUAUUCGAUGUUAUUGAAGUUAUUUUCUAAAUUUAUAUAUACGCAGAUGUGAAGAUCAAUAUAUGUCAUAAAA